GAAAUUUCAAUCUUUUUUUUUCUCCUUUUUUUCGUAAAAGCUCCCACUCUUCUAUCCCACUUCCACCCACACUCCCCACGUCACAUUUGGAAGGCGAACAGACACGAUCGAUCCGUCAACGCCUCUAACAUUUGCGAUGCUUCAACUGAGUAGCCGGGGCGCCCACCGUAUCGGAACAUCCUACAUAUGCGCCUCAUGCCUACGAACAUGCCCAUCGCCCAGGCUGCGGGUGCAUCAUCCCACCUUGCUCCCUUACCCACACAGCCGGACGCUGUCGACCACCCCCUUCCGACUCGCGCCGGCGAUAGAACCCGCUACGGACAGAGCCGAUAGCCCGCUCCCUGAUCCCCCGAAGAAGAAGGGCAAGAAGAAGAAAUCCGAAAAGAAUGCCGAAGCGCAAUCUGUGUCUAAGAAAGGGUCUAUCAAGACCGACGAAGCACGCCAGAUACAAGUCCUAGAGGGCGCACUCCGAGCAUUGAAGAAUGUCCUGGCCUCCCAGAAUAUCAACGUCGAACAGAUGAGCAAGCCAAGUGGCCAGUCCGCUUCGCAGGCCUCCGAAUCUCAGCCUACGACCCAAAAUGCCAGUGAAACCAAUGACGAGGAUGUCAAACCCGCUCGGAAGGCCGCGGGGAAGACGAAAUCAAAGAAGGCUGCUGCUGCUGCUGCUGCUGACAGUGUCACUGAAACCCAUGAGACGAAUGAAGAAGCCACGGAAAAAAGGGACGAGGCUAAGGCCAAGAAGCUCAGUUCGAAGGCGAAAGAAAAACGUAAGAAAGAAACCAAGGCUGCCACCAAGGCUAAGAGCAAGAAAGGGAAAUCCAAGAAGGCAGCUACCACCACCACCACCACCACCA